GCGGAACGACGUCAGCGCCGCCGCCACUCAGAACGAAACUAAAACCUUACCGGAGUUCUGAAUUUUCAGGAGCUGGCCGUCGACUGAAGUGUGGAAAAACGGCUCCGAACAGGGAAAUCAUAAUAAUCCAGUCAUGACGCUGUCGAAGCAGAGAAGCACUCUUUCACGCCUGUCCAUCAUUCUCCUUGGAGAGGAUUGGUCAGGAAGGAGCUCAACUGGAAACACCAUUCUGGGCAGAUCAGAAUUCCAGGUUGAUGGAACCUCUCCAGAGCCGUUAACGGUGGGGUCAGGAGAUGUCGAGGGCAGAAGAGUGACUGUAGUGAACACCCCUGGUUGGGAGCCAGGGUGCCACCCAAAGGUGCCACUCCGAAUCCUGGAGAGAGGAUGUGGCCGUGUGUCUUGGGAUACAGGCCAGGGCCCCCACGCCCUUCUGCUGACUGUUCCCAUCUUCCUUGACAUGGAAUGGAACCAGAAGGUUGCAAAAAGGCUGCUGAAGCUGUUUGAUGACAACAUAUGGAGACACACCAUACUUCUGUUUUCCAAAGCUGACCUGCUAGGUUUGAUGAGUUUGGAGAGAUACCUGGAAGGUAGUGGGAGGCCCCUCCAGGCCCUGGUGGAAAAGUGUGAGCAGAGGUACCAUGCCCUCAACAACCGGAAAAUUGACAACCGAAAGCAGGUCAGGGAGCUGCUGGACAAGAUUGAUCAGAUGCUUGUAGAAAAUGGUGGGAAGACUUUCCAGAUGGUUGACAGCGGUUGGGAAGAGAAAGCAAUGGUAGAGCAUAAGACAGAGGCCCUUAAAAUGAAUGUGCUGGAAGAACAGCUGAAAGAGAUGAUGGAACGACUGGCACAGCUGGAGGAGGAGCUAUGUGAACGGAGAGAGAGAGAAAUCUGUCUCAGGCCAGAGAAAUAUAUGGUCAAAUCACUGAGACAAGAGGAGGAAUACCCAGACUUUUUGCCUGAGCAAAAUACUCUCCAGUGCAAUCAACCUUUACAAAAUGAGAUGGAGCCUCAGGUGGACAUGCAGGAUCCUUCACUUGAAAACAUCUACAUGGAAGAUGAAGGGAAUGAGGCUUUACCUGGGUUUUACCCAGAGGACAGAGCUGAAAUACCAGAUGUGUACAGUGAACUGGGCGUACAAGAAGCAGAGUUUGAGGAGGAAAAGGUCACAACAACUGACUGUAACUUUUCUAGUGAUGAAGAAAUGCCUUCUGAUGGCUUAGCGACAAGAAUAUAUGAGGAACGUUAUGCUGAAUUCGAGGCUGAAAUAUCACAAAUAAACAGGGAGGAAAUGCAGAACCAGCAAUCAGUAGAGCAGAAAGAGCAUGUAGGAGAGUAUGAGUGGUCUGAGAAGGAGCCCACUGUCAAACAGGCAUGUGAGGACAGACUGGGAAGCCAGUCAGAGGAUGAAUGUCUGAGCCAUGCCUCAAGCAGAAAUCUAUCCAUGACCAGCAAUGAUGAAGAAGAACUGCACACACAAAAUGAAAGUGAUUCAAAUGACACAAACAGAGCUGAAGGGCUCACUGUGAUGGAACAACCUAAUCUGCAGGGGUCUGACCUGCAAAAUGGUGAUGAGAAAUAUGCUGACCCAGAAGACAAGGAUCAUCCCGAAGCCAUCGAAAACAGAGAAGCCGAUUGAUGUCAAAGAAGAGCAGACAGCAAACAAGACAGACUGCAGUGGGGCUGCAGUGAGGGAUGCUUAUGAGGAUGCCUUCAGACAGGUAGAGGAAACACAUGUGGAUGAAGCUGCCCAGGAGGCAGAACUGAUUAAAAAAGAGGAAAACAACCAGCUGCAGUCGUCUACUGUGUUGAACGCUACUCAAAAUUGGGGCCACCUAAGGAAUGGGACAGAGAGUUUCAUAGUCGUUUAUAGUCAAAUCGACAGCCAUCAACAAGGUGCAGUCAGGAUUGAUGUUCUUCAGGUUUUUAUCUGCUGGAGAAACCCGAACCCUUCCUUUCGAACAUCAUCAAUUUAUUUCAUCAUAUGCUGUGUCAGCAUCGACUGGGCACUGUUCAUAAUCCAGUUCCUGUUUGUGACAUGGUUAUAUCUCAUAAAUAAGAGCCUGAAGAGAAUUUUAUUCUCAAAACAGCCAAAGACAGGCGAUCAAAAUGAGAACACAUUGGUGUUUCCUGGGCACCAGCAGCAACCAGCCAAGGAAAGGCACCAAUGGGAGCAUCAGGAAGACCCAGUACUGCUGGAUGGUGUUGACUGGACUGAGGAUUUGGAUGGAGAGAUGCACCAGCCUAGCAAGACAGAAGAUGAUGAAGGGAUACCACAACACAACUUGAGAGGAGAUGAAAAGAUAUCCCAAUACAGAGAUGACAGCAAGAAGGGUAAUGAUGGGACACCACAACACCGCAGGAAGGGAAAUGAUGUAGAGACACCCCAACAUAGCAAGAAGGAAAAUGAUGGAGAGACGCCCCAACACAGCAAGAAGGGUAAUGAUGGAGAGACACCCCAAAACAGCAAAAAAGGAAAUGAUGGAGAGACACUCCAAAACAGCAAGAAGGGUAAUGAUGGAGAGACACCCAAACACAGCAAAAAAGGAAAUGAUGGAGAGACACCCAAACACAGCAAAAAAGGAAAUGAUGGAGAGACACCCAAACACAGCAAAAAAGGAAAUGGAGAGACACCCCAACACAGCAAGAAGGGUAAUGAUGUAGAGACACCCCAAAACAGCAAGAAGGGUAAUGAUGGAGAGACACCCCAAAACAGCAAGAAGGGUAAUGAUGGAGAGACACCCAAACACAGCAAAAAAGGAAAUGAUGGAGAGACACCCCAACACAGCGAGAGGGGUAAAGAUGGAGAGACACCCAAACACAGCAAAAAAGGAAAUGAUGGAGAGACACUCCAACACAGCGAGAGGGGUAAAGAUGGAGAGACACCCAAACACAGCAAAAAAGGAAAUGAUGGAGAGACACCCCAACACAGCGAGAGGGGUAAAGAUGGAGAGACACCCAAACACAGCAAAAAAGGAAAUGAUGGAGAGACACUCCAACACAGCAAGAAGGGUGAUGAUGGAGAGACACCCCAACACAGCAAGAGGGGUAAUGAUGGAGAGACACCCAAACACAGAAAAAAAGGAAAUGAUGGAGAGACAGCCCAACACAGCGAGAGCGGUAAAGAUGGAGAGACACCCCAGCACAGCAAGAAGGGAAAUGAUGGAGAGACACACCAACACCACAGAAAGGUAAAUGAUGGAGGGAUACCCCAACACAGCAGGAAUGGCAAAGAUGGAGGGAUACCCCAACACAGCAGGAAGGGCAAAGAUGGAGGGAUACCCCAACACAGCAAGAAGGAUAAUGAUGGAGAGACACCCCAACAUAGCAGGAAGGGCAAAGAUGGAGGGGUAUCCCAACACAGCAAGAAGGGUAAUGAUGAAGGGAUAUCCCAAUACAGCAGGAAGGGCAAAGAUGGAGGGAUAUCCCAACACAGCAGGAAGGGCAAAGAUGGAGGAAUACCCCAACACAGCAGGAAGGGCAAAGAUGGAGGAAUACCCCAACACAGCAGGAAGGGCAAUGAUGGAGGGAUACCCCAACACAGCAGGGAAUGCAAUGAAGGAGGGAUACCCCAACACAGCAGGAAGGGGAAUUAUCAAGGAACACCCAAACUUAUCGAGAAGAAGGAUGAAGGGAUAGUGCAGCACAGCAAGAAGAAUAGUGACAGAGGGAUACCCCAACACAACAGGAAGGUGAACAGUCCUACAGGAGCUAUGAAAGAAGAGGGAAAAGCUCCAAAAGAAAGAUGUCCACCUGCUUCAGAAGAGAGAGCGUCCUCCUGGAACAAACUGAAUCAUCAAGGAGACACAGAUGAUGGAACAAAUCCUGAAGGAGGUUUUGGAGGGAGUCAGUGUGGACACUUAAGCUGUGAUCUCAUUUCUAUGCAAACAGACUUUCAGUGUGACCAGAACUGUGAUGAACAAUUCCUUGUGAAAAGAGAGGAAUUUAGGACAGAAAGAAAAGCCAGACGAAGUCAGAGUUUGGAACGCAUCGUUACACUAAGCUGUCUCAGGGAAAAGGAUAUGAGAAACGAGAGAAGCAUCAGAAAGAUCAGAAGAGCCAAGAGCCUAGAACGAUUUAUUGAGCUCAGCUGCCUCCCUCAGUGCAAGCAUCCUUGAUGAAGGAAGCUCAUCUGAUGGUUGGAUCUCAGUGUGUUUGGUGUGAAUGGCUGCAUUGUGAUGGACUCUAAUUUGCUACAGUCAAUGUUUCUUCAUUAUUUGUUUUUUAAGACUGUGCUUGAGAAGAAGUCUGUGAACAAACCUACUGCCAUUUUAAACUGUCAUUUAAAACGUCUCUUAAUGCACUUUGCUGACACCUACUGGCCAAAGGAAAACAAA